CGGCCGAUAUUUCUCCUGUCUCGCUUCGGACAGGUAAGAAGAAUCAGUCAGCACUCAAUUCGCCCCCCUCCUCCUCUCCCUCGCCAAACAUUCCAGCCAGCCACCGGCGCCGCCGCGCGGCCCCGACUAGAUCAGGUGUUGCCAGGUUAAGAAUGGAGUCUGCGACGAGUUCCUCCCAGCCUGAGCCGACGCCGCCGUCUGCUGCCGGCGGCAGGGACUGGUCGGAGCUGUCGCUGGACGCGCUCGUGCUGGUCUUCGCCAGGCUCGGCCCCGUCGAGAUCCUCAUGGGCUCGGGCCUCGUCUGCCGCUCGUGGUUGCAGGCGGCCAGGGAGCCCGAGCUGUGGCGGUCCGUGGACAUGGCGAGCCACAGGGUAGUGGAGGAGAUGAAGGGAGACGUCCUGCGCGCCAUGGCGAUGGUGGCCGUCGACCGCUCCGGGGGGAAGCUGGAGGUGUUCUCCGGGAAGUACUUCGUCACCGACGAGCUUCUAAAGUAUAUAGGGGACAGGUCACCAUCUCUGAAGACACUCAGCCUUAUAUCAUGCCACGAGGUCUCCAACAAGGGAUUCACCGAACUGGUUACAAAGUCACCUCUGCUAGAGGACCUCUCGCUCGAGCUCUGUCCGAAGAUCGGCGGUCGCAACGCGUACGAGUCCACCGGCAAAGCAUGCCCCCAGCUGAGGCGUUUCAGCCUGCGCCGGGAGUGCUUCAGGUUCUCCUUGAACUACCCUCGCCGCGUCGCUGAGGCGCUCGGGAUCGCAGCGAUGACCGGGCUGCGGAGCCUCAGCCUCACCAGCAGCAACAUCACCAACGACGAGCUGGCGGCCGUCCUCGACGGCUGCCCUCGCCUGGAAACUCUCUGCUUGCGCGACUGCUACAAGGUCAUAGCUGAUGAUGCUGCCCUGAGAGCCAGGUGUGCCAGGAUCAAGACGCUGGCGCUUCCUGAGUGUGAGCGCUAGCUACUAGUAAUCUCCACUAUCACGUUGUUUAUGAUGAGGAUUGUUAGCAUGGUUUGACAGACAAGUUGUUAUGAUCCUUUGCAAGGCCUUCAGAUUUGCGGUGCUAGUGCUGAAGUUCUUCCUUUAAAAGACCCUAGUGGUGAAGUUUUAGUUUGCGAGGACUGCAUUACAUUUUGUAAAUUGCGUGCUGAUGACAACCGGAUAACAUUUGACCAUUACCAAAAAAAAGAAAAGGAAGCUGAAUCUCAUUCAGGCCUCA